AUUCUUUCCAUUUAUCUCCUCAUCCAUUACAUGUAGUUCAAGCUUGUGACUUGUUAAAACUUUACACUCCAAACCCUCACACUCUCCCUUGUCUGAAACAAGAAAGUGAUAAUGGCGUCCAGCGUCGAAGUGAAUCAACGCAUCGCAAGGCUCUCAGCUCAUCUAUACCCUUCAAAUUUCCAGAUGGAGGACAGCAGUUCUGCUGUGAGAAGAGCUGAUUGCAGAGCCAAAGGAGGAGCACCUGGUUUUAAAGUGGCUAUUUUGGGUGCUGCUGGAGGCAUCGGACAACCUCUUGCAAUGCUCAUGAAAAUGAAUCCAUUGGUCUCAGUUCUUCAUCUCUAUGAUGUCGUCAAUUCCCCCGGCGUCACAGCUGAUAUUAGUCACAUGGACACUGGUGCUGUGGUGCGCGGUUUCUUGGGGCAGGCACAGCUUGACAAUGCUCUCACAGGUGUUGACCUUGUGAUCAUACCUGCUGGUGUUCCAAGGAAGCCUGGAAUGACAAGGGAUGAUCUUUUCAAGAUCAAUGCUGGAAUUGUUAGAACUCUUUGUGAAGGAAUUGCAAGGUGCUGCCCUAGAGCAAUUGUCAACUUGAUCAGUAAUCCAGUGAACUCUACAGUUCCUAUAGCAGCUGAGGUUUUCAAGAAAGCUGGUACUUACGAUCCAAAGCGGCUGCUAGGAGUUACAAUGCUUGAUGUCGUUAGGGCAAACACUUUCGUUGCUGAAGUUCUGGGACUUGAUCCUAGAGAAGUUGAUGUUCCGGUUGUGGGAGGCCAUGCAGGAGUGACCAUUUUGCCCCUUCUGUCACAGGUCAAGCCUCCUUGCUCCUUCACUAAAGAAGAAACAGAAUACUUGACUGAUCGCAUUCAAAAUGGUGGAACAGAAGUUGUUGAGGCAAAGGCUGGGACUGGCUCGGCAACAUUAUCAAUGGCUUAUGCAGCUGUCAAGUUUGCGGAUGCAUGCCUUCGCGGCCUGAGAGGAGAUGCUGGUGUUGUGGAAUGCUCUUUUGUUGCAUCUCAGGUUACAGAACUUCCUUUCUUUGCAACCAAGGUACGGCUUGGCCGCAAUGGUGCAGAGGAAGUCUACCAACUUGGGCCCCUGAACGAGUAUGAGAGGAUCGGUUUAGAGAAGGCAAAAAGAGAGUUGGCAGGAAGCAUCGAAAAGGGUGUUUCAUUCAUCAGGAAGUAAAUUUUAGUCACUUACAAGGGAUCUGAUAGUUGCUGUUGUUUCUCUGAAUGUACUUGGAGGACAUGAAUAAACCAGGUAGUAUUAUACCGUCACAUAUUUAACCUUGCAAGUUCAAACAUACGAAGCUUAAUGUAAGUAUAUAUAAGAAAACAUGUCUUCAUUUCACUUUCAUGGUGUACAUGCUACAU